AUGUUGCUUUUUCUCACGGUCCUGCUCUUUCUCCACCUCGGCAACGCACAAGAUCCAAAUGUAACUACCUACGCUGUCGAACUAAUGAACGGUUAUAGAGCUCAAAUAGCGAAGGGACAGCUGGGAGCUUCUGGAGGAACGUUGCCUUCUACUCUCAAUAUGUUCGCAUUGGAAGCUGACACCUACUUUGAAUAUAUUGCUGAGUAUAAUGUCAUAGGUUGUCCGUCAAGCGCCAGUUUUAUCCCACAAGGGACACUGAAUUAUUACUCGAGUCUUUUCUUUGAUGGUGCGACUGAAAAGCUGCUGGUAAGCCAAGCAGUGGGCAUGUGGAGGAGUGAGGCAUAUCAGUACGCUCUCGACAGUCAGGUCACGUACAAUAAUCAGAAACUGCAGAACUUCGCAAACAUGAUUUAUUACAAGUCAACCAAGGUCGGCUGCGCUUAUCAGAAAUGCGAUGCAACAGGUACGACUCCGGCAAUGUAUGCGGUAGCCUGUGCGUUUAAUUCAGUGUGA